AUUUGGCAAACCAGACCCCGGAAAGCAUCUACAAUCCUUUCAACUCAUUUGAAACUGGUGACAGCACCAUGCAUUGUCUCCGGUAAAACCUGCUCCCCGCUCUCCCCUCAUCCUACCCAGCCAUUGAGAGUGAGGACACCACGAGCUGCUCAGACAUGGGUUCAGAUCAGCCCUGCAUGGAUUCGCUGGAGAGAAGGCCCACGCUGAGUGCUGCCUGUAAGCGGCAGGCCUACCGGUGUCUGCGGAAAAAGCUGAGGCCCUUGCGAAUCAUCGGGUUUACUCUCAGCCUGGUGGCCUUAAGUGCUGUCUCCUUCAGUGCCUUUACCUGGAGCUCAGGGGGUUUCAGUGAGCCAGGGCUCCCCCAGGAGAGUCUCCGCCAGUCGGCCCCCCACAGGACUCUGCUUUUCACCCAACAUCAGAGGGACCCCAAUGUGUCCGCCGACAUGUCAAUAGCCAUGAAGUCCGCAGAAAAUGGCAGCGACGGCCACGGGGCGUACCCGCCGGACCUUUUCACUCUUGAGGAGAGACGCAAAGGAGCCGUGGCCUUCCACAUGUUUGGCAUGAUCUACAUGUUCAUUGCCUUAGCCAUAGUGUGCGACGAGUUCUUCGUCCCAGCGCUGACGGUCAUCACGGAGAAGCUGACCAUUUCGGAUGACGUAGCGGGCGCCACCUUCAUGGCGGCAGGCGGCUCAGCCCCGGAGCUCUUCACCUCCAUCAUCGGCGUCUUCAUCGCACAAAGCAACGUGGGCAUCGGCACCAUCGUGGGCUCGGCCGUCUUCAACAUCCUCUUUGUGAUUGGGAUGUGCGCUAUCUUCUCCAAGGAAAUCCUCAACCUGACAUGGUGGCCACUCUUCCGCGACGUCUCCUUCUACAUCCUGGAUCUGAUCAUGCUCAUCAUCUUCUUCCUGGAUAACAUCAUCACCAUGUGGGAAAGUAUGACGCUGCUCUCGGCCUACGCCGCCUACGUGAUCUUCAUGAAGUGCAACAGCACUGUCGAGAGAUUCGUCAAAAAUUGCAUGAACAAGAACCAAGUGGUAGAAGUAGAAGUACAGCCCACGACCAGGCCUCGGCUUCAGAGGGGAGGUAGUUCCGCCUCCCUGCACAACAGCUUGAUGAGGAACAGCAUUUUCCAGCUGAUGAUUCACACGUUGGAUCCUUUAAGUGAAGAAUUUGCUGACUCUGGUAAAUUUCGAGAGAAGGCAUCCAUCCUUCAUAAGAUCGCUAAAAAGAAAUGCCAAGUGGAGGACAGUGAGAAGGCCAAUGGAGUAGCAAGCCGUUCAGAUAAGAACCUUCCAAACAGCUCCAGCGUGGAAGUGGAAGUGACACCACCCAUGAACGGAACAGCGGGUCAAGAGGGGGAGACGGCUGAGGAAGAGGAGGAGGACGACCAGCCUCUGAGCCUGUCCUGGCCCGACACCAACCGCAAGCGCCUCACCUACCUCUUAAUCAUACCCAUCGUCCUCCCCCUGUGGAUAACGCUGCCUGAUGUCAGGAAGGCGACAUCAAAGAAAUUCUUCCCCAUCACCUUCCUGGGUGCCAUCAGCUGGAUUGCAGUCUUCUCCUACCUAAUGGUGUGGUGGGCUCACCAGGUUGGACAGACCAUUGGGAUUACAGAGGAGAUUAUGGGCCUGACUAUAUUAGCAGCUGGAACCUCCAUCCCUGACCUCAUCACUAGUGUGAUUGUGGCACGCAAGGGGCUGGGUGAUAUGGCUGUGUCCAGCUCCGUGGGCUCCAACAUCUUCGACAUCACCGUUGGACUGCCGUUCCCCUGGCUCAUGUGGUCCUUUUCCAACGGCAUGAAAUCGGUGGAGGUCAGCUCCAACGGCCUCUUCUGUGCCAUCGUGCUCCUCUUCAUCAUGCUCCUCUUCGUCAUCAUCUCCAUCGCCGCCUGCAAGUGGCGCAUGAGCAAGCUGCUCGGCUUCAUUAUGUUCAUCCUGUAUUUCGUCUUCCUGGUGCUCAGCGUCAUGCUGGAAGACAAGGUCAUCACCUGUCCCGUGUCCAUCUGAGGACGUUCGAGGACCCACUACCUCCCCCCCCCCCCCCGUCACCACCGCAACCACCAACACCAUCCUUCUUGUCUGCCAUCGCUCUUACCAGACCCGUGUGAUCCUUUACCCCAGGAACAAAAGAAGAGUAGGGAGGACUUGACAAGAGAAACAUUAUAAAAAUAUUAAAAAUAUAUGGAAUCUACCGAUAUUUUCAGCUAGCGAGGAGUGGUGGGGAGGGGAUAAACCAACAAGGGCACAAUACUUUGCCUCAAUUGGUUUAGCGUAGGCCUAACAUGAGUGGAUUUAUACUUAUUAUUACUAUUUAAUUGGCAGGCGAGGGGGAGUCAUGGGUGUACAAGCCAAAUAUAGAAGCAUUAUGCAUGCCAUUUAGUGUCACUAGAUGAGCUGGAUUCAAGAACAGGCCUGGUAGGUUGGGGAGAAAGACCUCCUGUGAACUUUGGGGAGAAGAACAAGAGAAGCUCUGUAAAUAACUCCUCAUGUUAAAUGCAGUGGCUGAGCUGACAUUGUGAGCAUAUUUGAACGCGCAUUGUUCAACAGACGAAGAAGCUGUCGCCAAGAGUGAAAAGGAGUUCCUGAAUGAGGACACUGCAGACUCUGUGGAUGAAAUGUGUUCCCUGACGGCAUCGGGCGAAUAGACUCUCCUGUGGGCUUCGCACCCCGAGCAACAAGGGAUGAAACAUUCUUGCCGGGCAGACAAACUUCUCCGUUGUCAUUUCCAAUUUGCAAAAUUCCUCAUGUGCUCAGCCUGAAUGAAGAGUUGGAGCUUCCCCCUCUCCCCUGCCGGAUGUCAAUCUUUACCACGGGAUGUCUUUUCAGAGGACUGCUUUUUCCCCUUCAUUUUCAUGAAAUAUAAGAAGUAGCAUUAGAUUGUACCGUAGCAUUAUUAGCUAAUGUAGAGACAUUUCGACCAUUUUUCUUCCGUUUUGUUCUUUUGCCACUGAACACACGUUCUGAUUGUACAGAACUGUUCAUGCUUUACGCUUCACACUUCACACUAUUCAGACUGACGGAGGCAAGAAGAAAUGGCCUAAUUUGAAGUUUAGCCUCAUGAUAUAUGCUAGCCUUCAAUAUCGUUCACUGGAUGAAGAAGAAAAAAAGGCGUACUUUAGGCUCAUUAACGUUCCGUAACGAAGUCAAUGUCAAAAUAAUACAUUUGAAAAAAAACUUAACAGUGUUUAAGUGUAAUGGUUGAUUUAGAUUAGUCAAUGUGUAGUGCUUUGUUCACAGUAGAACUGGGCUCAACUCACCGGCUAGUCACACUCCUGGGGUAGUAGUUCCAAGGAGUCAACUGCAUGUAAAAAUAGACACUCAGAGGUGAAUAAUAACAAUCAACAUUUAAGAAUUUGUAACCCAAAAUGUAUACUUUUUCAGACAUGUUUCAGAACUCCUUAAUGCAAACAAGUGCUGAGUCUCUAUGUAGAAAGUGUCAACAUGUAUGGUCAAUGAUA